AUGCCAGUGCAGCUGUUGCAGAGCACUUUUGAGGAUCCCUGCCGAGCCUUUGAUUUCUCCGACUUGGGUGAUGCAGAGCUGCAGAAGGGUGACGCAGCAGGAGCCCUUGCCGCCUUCAACGCCGCUCUUGAGGUGGAGCCACGGUGGCCGGUGAUAUGGCUACAUCGAGCUCAAGGCAAACUGGAGCAUGGAGACUUUCAGGGUGCGAUUGAAGAUGCUUCAGCCACACUGGAGCAUUUGUGCAAAUCCAAGUGGGGCUUCUGGGUGACUGCUUGGGCCAUCUUGUCGACAGCUUCAGCCAAUCAUCCGGCCUUUGAUCCAGGUGAAAAGCAGGUCAAUAAGGAGCAUAUCGGAGAUGGGCUGACCUUGGCCGACGAUCCAGAGUUUGCGAAAAAGCCCGAAGCAGCUUAUGCCCUCGAGGACCCCGCGUGUGAAGAGGCGCCGGGCUGGUCGGAGUAUCGUUCUCAGCUGAUGGCCUUGGUAGCCAUCGAGUGGCAGGAUGCUGCCGCCUUGGCCUACGAGUGGAUGAAUUCUCGAGGCAUGAUGAAGACAAAGAUCAUGGACGACGAAGCCAAACACUGCUUGCCUGGCGUUGUUGCCUCUCUCCACCUCUUGGUGCGCUUUUCCUUGGAAGAGGACGGCAGCUGGGAGUCCGCUGUGUACAUGACCCGUUGUCUCAGCGGUUAUGCGUCUAGUAUGCAUCCUGACAAGUUCGACCAGAUCACCGCGAACGGAACACGAUGGCCUGUGACAGUAGCCGAGAUGGAUUCCAUUCGACGGAGGCUGGCCGUGGCUUCAGCCAACAGGACCACUACUUCGUGGAAGAAUGAAGCUGGGGAGAGCUACGUUGGCAAUGCCUUUACCAUGAUGGGGACAGACGAGGUAGAACCUGGCAUCAGCAUGAAGAAUUCUGUGCGGGUGUACGUCUAUGAUGUGGAGGAUUACUUUGAGCUCAGGGUGCUGGCGAGAGGAGCAUCAUUCUGUCGCGAGAACCAAUGGGGCUUCGAAGUUGGCUUGCACGAGUGGUUCCUUGCAUGUCCUUGCCGCACCGAAGAUCCUUUGGAGGCAUCCUGCGUUGUACCUUCUGGCAUUCUAUUUGCCAUCUCUUCUGGCAUAUCUUCUGACAUUCUUACUUGCAUUCCAUAG